AUGAGUGCGGAGUCCUGCAAGGGCCAUGUCCCAAAGCCGGAGUUUCCCGUCCCUACGUGGCACGACGACGUUUUCACAUCACUUCUCGAACGACUACGAACAGAGCACGAGUUUCAAGUGAGUACUUUGAGCAUCAAGGUUGCGGAGCUCGAAACUAAACUGGGCAAUGCAACGCUACAGCAAGACGAAGGCUCUGCACCUCGAGACGCGGCCGUAAGUGCCCCUUCUCCUGUGUGGAAAGAGCAUGGCACCACGAAGACUUCGCCUCCGAAUGAAGUUUCUCUUACAGCAAGUGAGGCUUCACAAUUCUUCCAUCUUGGCAUUCACAAGCAGAGCGGCUGGGGGGCUGCCUUUGGUAGAUAUCGAAGCUUUGUGCAGCGCCCGGGAUUUGAGAUGUUCUUUGCGAGCGUGAUCGUCGUGAACACCAUGGUGAUGGCAGUGGAUGUACAGGUUGUUGGCAUCGACAUCGGUGCGCACCUUCAGUUUGCGUCAUAUCAGCCAACAGCUGUAACUACACCUUGGGUGCGGCCUAUGAUCCAUGCCUGCGAUUGGUUUUGUGGUGUCGCCUUCACCAUCGAGAUACUGAUGAAGUGCGCAGCAAUGGGUCUAGGCUUCUUCAAGGACCCCUGGAACUGGAUUGACACCACCAUUCUCUGCUGUUGGUACAUAGAUGUCGCGGACAGCGGUCUUAUCCCCAUAAACGCGUCGCUGCUGCGCUUGCUGCGGCUCUUGCGUCUAUUGCGCUUGCUUAGGCUCGUUCGAGUUAUAAAGGUUUUCGACUCAUUGUACCUCAUCACAACGGCCUUGAAGGGCAGUGUUCUGAUAUUGACCUGGGCCUGCGUGUUGCUGCUCGUCUUACAGGUGCUAGCUGCUUUGCUCUUGAACCAAGUUCUCUUUGCCAUGUACUUCUCCAACGACAGAUAUCCCAUCAAUGAGCGGCUGCAGGUCUUCGCAUAUUUCGGGACCUUUACUCGGUCCAUGCUUUCAAUGUUCGAGAUAACACUGGCUGACUUCCCAGAAGUUUGCAGGCUGUUGACUGAAAAUGUGUCGGAAUGGUUUAUGCUUGUCUGCGUUGCUCACAAACUGAUCAUCGGCUUUGCAGUGGUCAGCGUCAUCAACGGCGUCUUCAUCGAAGAGACCUUCAAGGUGGCUGCAUCGGACAAUUUCGUCAUGAUGCGGGCGAAGGAAAAGACAGCUAGAACUCAUGAGUUGAAGAUGAUGCAGCUGUUUCUACAGGCUGACAUCGAUCAAGACGGUCUCGUCAGCAGGGAGGAGUGGCGCAAGCUCCUGAGCCAUCCAGCCGUCCAGUUGUGGAUCGGCUCGAUGGAUUUAGAUGCAGAGGAUACGGAUGGUCUGUAUGACCUCAUCCGUGACGACAUCCAUGACGGCAGACUACAAGGCCUGACGAUGGACGAGCUCGUCAGGGGCAUGGGUCGACUGAAAGGAACAGCCCGGAGCUAUGACAUGCAGCUGCUCCUUCGACAGGUGGGCUCUUUGAUGAAUCACGUGGAGAGGCUCAAUCGCGGAGUCACUGCGGGCAAGCACGCCGAGCCCCUUCCCGUUGUCCACGCAGAAGACGUCGGGAAGGAAGGCCAGGCUAGGACGCUCGUCGACCGGCGUGCCAGGAAAGAAGCUCUUUGCCCCCUCGAGGAGCCAGUUCUUGACGUCACCAGUUGUUUGGGCCUCGGCGCAGAUACUGAGAUGGCGAAGGUUCCCCUCGGCAUCGCCCUGGGCGCCGCUGCCAGCGGCGCCUUCAAAGCGGCUGCGAUGGAACUCCAAGGUACGCAGGAGGAUGCCGCCACGUUCUGGCGCAUGAGCGAGGAGCUCGGGCCCCGCUUGUCUUCCCUGCGCCGACUCGUGGGAAGCGACCGCCGGGCGGCCGGAGCCGAGCGGAGCGUCGAGGAGGCAUCGACAGAGUGGACAGUUCGAUCGGCAGAGUACGAGGAGCGCGUCGCCAAGCUCGAGUACGAGCUCGGGCGCGUGGCGGCAGCGGAGCAGCGGCCAACCACGGUGGCGCUUCCCGCCUCGUCCCGAAGUGCUUCCUGGGCUCCGGAGGCACCGGAAACCGCGGAAACCUCAGAGGCCGAGGCAUUUGUCAGCGCAUUGCGCCGUCGUCGCUUGGAAGCGGGCGAAAAAGCAGAGGCCCUGAGAUCGGCUCUGGGUCGCGCCGUCGCACGUCUUGCAGAGGACCUCUAUGCCAUGGAGAGUCAUUUCAUCUACGAAUUGGUACAGAACGCAGAUGACAACAAGUACCCUGAGGAGGCUCGUCCGAGUCUUGAGCUUCACCUCCGCCACGAAGAGAGCGGAAGCUACUUCUUCUCGGUCAACAACGAGUGUGGCCUAGAGGUGGAGGACAUCCGAGCACUUUGCGACAUCAACGCCAGCUCAAAGAAAGGCCGUCAGGGCGUCACGGGUCACAAAGGAAUCGGCUGGAAAAGCUGCUUUCAGGUCUCUGACUGCCCCUACAUGCUUUCCGGCUCCUUCGCUCUGAAGUUCGACAUCUCCGGGCCGCUUGGGCAGCUGGGCUACGUGACGCCGACUUGGGUGCGGGAGGAGGAGCUGGCGUCCCUUCCUCCAGAGGUCCGGCGUUGCCAUCAGCGUGGCGCGACGGUGAUCUACCUCCCCCUGAGGCCCGGCACGGCUUCGAGCGUUGAGCUGGCCUUGCAGCACCUGGAGGACCACAGGCUGUGCCUCCUCUUCCUGCGGCGCUUGCAACAGAUAACACUGGGCUACGGAGACGGUCGGGAGGUGGAGCUUGCGGCAGAGGCCAUGAAUGGGAAUUAG